AUGAGCAAGCGAAUUCUCUCCGUCGGCGAGGUCGUGUUGUACGAGGAGGACUUGGAGCUUUUGAGGCCCGGAAACUGGCUCAACGACCGGCUGAUCACGUUCGCCAUCCAGCACCUCGUCGAGCAGUUGAGCGCCGAGAGGAAGGAACAAAUCGCCGUGUUGUACGCCCCAGAGUGCGAGAUGAUCAAGUUUCUCCCCGCCGACUCGCUCGGCGACGUCUUCGGGCCGUUGCGGCUCGAGGAGAAGCAGCUGGUCCUCUUUGUCCUGAACAACAACAGCCGGCCAAACGUGGUGAACGCGGGCAGCCAUUGCAAAAUCCCAACCGUAACGCUGGCCGACGACGACGACGAUAUACAGCCUCAUUUGAGGAGUCUUGGAGCGGCAGAACGAGCGCGGCUUCGCCAGGAGGCGCUCCGGAAAUUCGUGCCAGGAGAACCAUGCGUCGUUUGCGGUGACACAGCCUCCGGGAUCCACUACGGUGUUUCCAGCUGUAAUGGUUGCAAGACGUUUUUUAGGCGGGUGGUUAUUGAGAACCGCACGUAUUCCUGCAAAAACAAGGGCGACUGCGUGAUCGACAAAAGUAUGCGGUGUUCGUGUCGGCAUUGUCGUUUCAAGAAAUGCUUGCGUGUUGGUAUGGAUCGAUCAGAACUCAACAUCGAACGGCGCCGGAAACGAAAAGCUCGUGAUCCCGGAAUUUCUGAUAACGAGUACGAGGAGAACAAUUUUAUCUCCGAUCCGUUGAUCGAUCUCCUACACAAAAAGGAGUCGUGCUACGAGGCGCUGCUUACUUCUACGGUCUCCCCACUGCAUUCCUCGCUAAAAGAUGCACUCAUCAGCCCGAAGGCUUUUGAUCAGCCGCUGUCAUUGUACACAUCACACCCUCUACCCGUCGGCGAGCAGCGCAAUUUCUCGUUCUGGCGCGCAAAAAUCUUGUCGGUGCUGGUGGAAUGGGCAAAGUCGUUUGAGGUAUUCAGCAAGCUGUGCUUGGACGAUCAGAUGCGCCUCGUCGUGCACACCAUCUUUUCGAAUCUGGUGCUGGCCGAGGCGUUUCACACACCGGAAAAAUACACGGACAGGAUCGUUUUCCCGGAUGGGCUGAGUGGCUAUCGUAACCUUACCUCCUGCGUCCUGAAGGAGCGUUCCGGACUCGUCCCCACCGUCGUCGCCGUGAUCAACAACAUUCUGGUCCCAAUUCGCCGGAUGAAAAUGACGAAAACGGAGUAUCUACUCUUGCAGGCGAUCAUUUUCUAUGAUCCUGAAUGCUUGAGCCUCUCCGAGCAAGCGCAUCAGCUGAUAUCCGCAAAACGGAAGCGGCUUCUCCACUCGCUACGGCGACACCUCGAUACGAAGUGCAGUGAUCCGGUGGACAGCGCCAAGCGAUUUGCUGAGGUGUUGUUGCGGAUCUCCAAUGUACAGAAAGUAGCCGCGUUCAAACGAGAAACUCUCUGCACGAUCGAGACGUUCAACCUGAUGACCCCGCAUCCGUUUACCAUGGAGAUUUCGAAGGCCUAUCCUGAUUACGCCACAACGGCGUUCAACUGCGAAAAUAUCGAAAAUGACGUCUACUGCUCGUCCACGUUUGCCGCCACGGAUGCCCCAGCCGUCGGCAACGACAAUGAUCGCCCGAACGCAUGCUUCAAAGACGCCGCUGGUACGGUGAGCGAGGACGUCAAGGCCGGAGCCAUCGUGUCGUGCCCGAAGACGUGCGGAUACUGCUGUCUGUCGGCUGCUUUUACUUGUACAAACAAAGAAUUCCCGCGCGUCAACUGCAAGACGGUCACCCAGAAACAAUGCAACGACGUGCUGUGGAGGCAAAUGCUCGCCGAGGACUGCCCGAAUGUCUGCGGAUUCUGCUUGGAAGGAGGCUGUGUCGAUGCCGCAGUCGAGUGCGCCAACGAUAAAUCGAUCUGCCGCAACACGGACACCCAGGAGUUUGCCAAAACAAACUGCAAGAAGACGUGCGGAUACUGUAACAACAAUUCGACGAGCUCUACCACUAGGGGCUACACCGGCGCGUCAUGCAUGGAUAGCUCAAACUGCGUAACGUGGCAAAAGAACGGCUUCUGCACGUCGUCCUUCUACACGACGGAGGUGAAGCGAUACUACUGCCCGAAGAUGUGCGGCAUGUGC